ACGCAUCGAACGAGGAGAUUUCUAGAAACCAAAGCGGAAUUGUGAGCGAACGAGAUAUGGAGGAAGAGGAGCACGAGGUAUACGGUGGAGAAAUCCCAGUUGAAGGGGAGAUGGAAGGAGACGUUGACAUGUCUGCCGGCGACGACGACGCUGUCAAGGAGCUUGACGAGAUGAAAAAGCGCUUGAAGGAGAUGGAGGAAGAAGCAGCGGCUCUUCGAGAAAUGCAGGCCAAGGUUGAAAAAGAAAUGGGAGCUGUGCAAGAUCCUGCUGGUACAUCAGCUAGUCAAGCAGGCAAGGAGGAGACUGAUUCACGAUCAGUAUUUGUUGGCAAUGUUGACUAUGCAUGCACACCCGAAGAAGUGCAACAGCAUUUCCAAUCCUGUGGUACUGUCAACAGAGUGACUAUUUUAACUGAUAAAUUUGGUCAGCCGAAGGGCUUUGCCUAUGUAGAAUUUCUUGAAGCUGAAGCUGUUCAAGAGGCUCUCGUUCUGAAUGAAUCUGAGCUACAUGGGCGGCAACUGAAGGUUUUGCCCAAGAGAACAAAUGUUCCUGGUAUGAAGCAAUAUCGUGCACGUCGCUAUAACCCGUACGUGGGAUUUAGGAGACCUUAUGCACCACCAUAUUUCUAUUCACCUUAUGGAUACGGGAAGAUGCCCCGGUUUCGUAGGUCCAUGAGGUACAUGCCUUAUUAUUAGAUGAUGCCACAUCAUUGUUCAGGUUUAAUAAGUUUGUCCUGAAAGAGUUGGCAGUUGCUUUUGAUCCUCGAGAGAAUAGAGAAAGGAUAUAUGUCUAUAUUCAUGUUAUAUUGUUAUCUGUCUAUUGCUUUUGUUAUCUUGGAUAUAAAUUACUUUGCCGUUUCAAUAAGUAUAUAUAUAUAUAUUUUUGCCUAA